GUCUGUUCUGAGUCGUUAACGCAGAAGGAGGUGCGCGCUCACCAACCCGUUUCGUUGUUUGUUGUUCAAGUCGUUCGCGCGCGUUCAAGUCACUCUCUCGCGUGACUUCCAAGUCGGAAUCGUCGUCGAGGCGUACAAUAUCAGCUUGUGUGCGCGUGUUCGUGUGUGUAACAGUGCGUAAAAUUCAACAGCUUAAGAAGUAAUGUGUCCUCAAAUUGCUCAACCGACCAACUACCAACACAAUACCCUAAAAUAGCGUUUACUUCGAUAUCGACUGUUAGUCAGUGUGUGCCGCGCAGCAAGUUAUGAAAAAUUAGUGACCGUUCGAAGCACGACGGUGUGUGGACCCGCGGGAAUCGUACCGAAAUUGGCCCGCGCGCGAGGAAAAAGAAGCCUUUAACUGCAGUUACAUAACCUUAAAAAACGGAUAGAAGCAGCAAGCAAGCAAUUACAGCAAUUGGUGAAGUUGUUUCUAAAAGAAGUUUUUCGUGUGUGUGUUUUUUGUCUGCCUCAUUCAGCACCUCAUACUUUGUAUUGUGGUCAAGAGAAGUGGCCACUUCUGGAAGCAACAAACAUCCAACUUAGGCCGUUGAAGGAGAACCGCUCGAGAGAUGGCGCUGAUUCACGUCAGCCUGACCAUACUGGUCGGCCUCUGCAGCGUUGUGCUGGUCUGCGAUGCAAAAGCAUCCCACAAGGUGUUCUGCUCGGAGGACCAGAUGCGCGUGAACGUGGCGCUUCCGUCGAACGACACCACCGCCGUGUACCUGGAGGGCAUGAAGGGCUAUCCGGAUCCCAAGUGCAAACCCACGAUCAAGGACACCCUGGCCGAGUUCCAGCUCUCGCUGGUGAACAUUUACGAGUGCGGUGUCACCCGGGUCGUCAACAAGAUCACCGGUAAGAAAGUAUUCUACCAUCGGGUCAUCAUCGAAGGUGAUGAGGAGUUUGGCAAGGAGGUCAUCAGCGUCAAAUGUAUUACAAACGGUCCACUGUACAACGUGACCCACGGAAUUGUCAAACGGGACGUCCUUCCAGCUGGAUUUCAGGAGCCAGAGGACCUGGAGAUUACAUCCAACAUUACCGGGAGUGCCCCGGAACCGUCUCUCACGAUUGCGGUCCGCCAGGGUGAAAAUUUGGUGUCCGGAGACUUGAACGUCAGCCCAGGCACGAACCUGCAAAUGGAGAUAUUCCUGGACAAAAACUCUGCCCCAAUUUAUGGGUUGGGUGUGAACUACAUGCAGGUUACCGACACUCUGACCCAGGAGGAAACCAUCAUCUUCAACGGCUGCUCCGUGGACCCGUACCUCUUCGAGAACUUCAACACCGUCGACGGCGACCUGCUGACGGCCAAGUUCCGUGCCUUCAAGUUUCCCGAGUCGACGUUCGUGCAGUUCCGCGGUACCGUGAAUGUUUGCGUGGACCGCUGCAAGGGUGUCUUCUGCCAGGGCCAGAUCGCGUACGGUCGCAAGCGGCGCGAAAUUUCUCCGAGCGCGGCCGAUCCGAACAAAAUCUACGAGGUGACCAUGACCACCUUCAUCAAGGUCGAUUACGAUGCGAUGGCCGAUAAGAGCACCGCCUCCGAGAUCGACCAAAAGUUCCGCCAGUUGAAGCUGGCGAACCAGAAGCUGGCCCGAAACAGCCGCGCCGGCAACGUCUUCGAGAGCAUCCACGAGUCGUCCUCGAAGAGCGUGCCCCAAUCGAGCCCAAGCAGCAGCAGCGAGGCAGCCGCAACGGUCGAGGAGACCAUCCUGUUCACCCGGGAGGUCAUCAGCCAACCGGAACAAUCGAUGGGCAGAAGCGACGGCAGCAGCAGCCUUAGCCGGCGGCCCUUGCUUGCCUCUAUUGCGGCCACUUUAGUGCUGGUGCUCGGCGUCGCGACACGCCUCUAAACAAACGAUUUCGUCCACUCAGAUCUCAGCGAGAAAAGUAACAUAACAAUACUGGACCACAAUGACCCCCCUUUUUCAACGAAUUGGCGUGCAACUUCUUGUAAAUAUCACGAUUUGCUAGUUCGCAGGGCGAAGCUACUUACCACACAAAACGCAAACGCAACAAACACGGACUAAAACGUUUUAACAGCCGGACAAAUUUUAAGCCAGCUAAUUUUAAUGCAAAGUUUUAACGCGCAAUAUUUUUUACAAGACAAAACAAAAAAAAAUGUGUGAUUGAACAAAAUUUUGUACAUUUAAAUUCGAGUUUCAUUCGAUUCGAUUGGAGAAAGACUGUGUGCGGGAAAACUGAAGAGCAAAUAAAUAACUUAGGAAAAACAAAAUCAAACGACCCCCAGAGCAGUUCGAUAGACGAUAAGCAAUGUAAGUUAUACUAGUCUAAUAACGUUAAUUAAAGAAAAAGUAAAACAAAUCGAUCGAUUGGCGCGAGUAACCUGUUGUAAAAUGAAAGUGUGCAGAAAUUCAAAAUCUUAUUGAUAGCGAAAACUAACUGAUAAGCGACGACACCGGAAUCGACAAGCGGGCCACGAGUGCGGAGAGAAAGAGAGAAAGCUAUGCGAUACAGAAAUUUCAGUAAUUUAAAGGGAAAACUAACCGUUCAAACCAAGGGGCCCAGGAAUAACUAAACUCACUCAUCGUUCUACGCUAUAGGUAACUAAACAAUUCGUACUCUGAACGCAAAGUUCUACUUUGUGGAGGUGUAGGUCACAUGUGGCCCGCUUAUUGAACGGCAUUAUGAAUAGGUACUUAAAAACUAAUGUAAAAUAACUAAGCUUACGAAACAAUAAAAGACUAACGAAAAACAUG